AUGUUAUCAGUUUUAAUUAUUUUAUGUUUAGUACCGACAUUUAUUAAUGCCUGGAGGACUACGAACGAAAACAGAAGGCCAACAACAGACGGUGCAAAAAAUAUUCACAUUCACUCUAAACGUCAUAUGUUGCAAAAUGAAAACGAAACUAAACGAAAAACAUCCACUCAACGUUCAAGAGACAUCAGAAAGAAACCAUCAGGCCAUCUGAAGCCACUUGAAGAAGAUGAUAUUGAAAACGACGAAGUGGUGUCAGUUGCUAUUGGGCCCCCUGCUAUACGUCCUAAAUACGAAAAAGCCGUGUGGAAGCAGACACCGCGUUCAAAUCAUAGCAGUACAAAUAAUAAUACAUCAGGUACAAGACUUGUUAAAGAGGUUCUUAUACAGCUAGGGCGUGAGUUCUUAACACACCAGGUAAAUGAAGAUUUUGUAUUUGGUCAAUAUAUUGGUAAUGCCAUGAGAAAUUUAAGAAGUGAUCUUAGAUUGCGCAUGCAACAUGAGGUUUUAGAAUUAGUUGUUAAAUAUCAAAAGUUAAAUCGUGGAGAAACUUUAAAGCAAGAAGAACACGGUAUACCAGAAGAGAAAGUAGGUGCACUAAGAGAAGGAAAAACGGAAAAAAAGUCCUCAUGCUCCAACGACACGGACGAAUCGUGGCCUGAUUUUUCCAAUUUCGCAAAAAUUGUUGGUUAG